AUGUACACAAAUAAACAGGCUAACAUGCAAACUGUCAGCAAGCCACUUAACAGAUGGAGAAUAGCCUUUGCAGCCAUUUAUUCUUCUCGAGUUUUCGUGUCACUUGCUAAAAUGAUCAUAGCAAAGAGGAACAAUGAUGAUCAAAAGUACUUGAAGUUUUCUGAGGCAGAUGUACAAAAGCUAAGUGACAUAGUAAAAGAUAAGAAGUUGGAUUUGCUUCAUCAACACUUUGAGGGAAUGGAAAACCUUGUAAAGGUUCUCGGAGCCGAUUCAGAAAAUGGAAUCACCGAUGACGCUGAAAAUAUCAGACAACGUCGAACCAUAUUUGGUUCCAAUACAUACCAAAAACCUCCUCCAAAAGGUAUAUUUUUUUUUAUUCUUGAAGCAUUUAAGGAUUUGAUCAUUCUUGUACUAUUGGUAGCUGCUACUCUUGCUCUUGCGUUUGGAAUUAAGCAGCAUGGGUUGAAAGAAGGGUGGUAUGAAGGUGGGAGUAUAUUUGUUGCUGUAUUUCUUGUCGUGGUUGUUUCUGCCGGCAGCAAUUAUAGGCAGUCGAGACAGUUCGAAAAAUUAUCAAAAGUGACCAAUAACAUCAAAGUUGAAGUUUUGAGAAACGGGAGAAGGCAACAGAUAUCUAUCUUCGAUAUUGUGGUUGGAGACGUCGCUUCUUUAAAGAUCGGAGAUCAAAUUCCAGCUGAUGGACUCUUCUUGAACGGGCAUUCCUUACACGUAGACGAAUCGAGCAUGACUGGAGAGAGUGAUCACGUGGAAAUUGGUGCCGAAAAGAAUCCGUUCUUGUUAUCUGGAGCGAAAGUGGCUAACGGGUACGGUAACAUGCUUGUUACGUCUGUGGGCAUGCACACUGGCUGGGGCGCAAUGAUGAGUACCAUAACUCGUGAUUCAGAUGAGAGGACUCCAUUACAAGAGCGGCUUGACAGACUGACAACUUAUAUAGGAAAGAUUGGUCUGACGGUGGCAUUCCUCGUUCUCCUCGUCCUGUUGGUGCGGUACUUCACCGGUAACACACAAGAUGAUUUGGGAAAUAAAGAGUAUAACGGUGGCAAAACGAAGUCAGAUGAUAUAAUAAAUUCAAUGAUUCGAAUUUUUGCUGCUGCAAUCACAAUUGUGGUUGUGGCAAUACCAGAAGGCCUGCCUUUGGCAGUCACUCUCACGCUAGCUUACUCUAUGAAAAGGAUGAUGGCUGAUCAAGCUAUGGUAAGAAAACUCUCAGCAUGUGAGACCAUGGGUUCGGCAACCACCAUCUGCACUGACAAAACCGGGACCCUUACGUUGAACCAAAUGCAGGUGACUCGAUUCUGGCUCGGCGAAGAAGUUAUAGUAGAUUACACCGCAUCAAAAAUUGCGCCAGGUAUUCAAAGACUUCUCUGCCAAGGAGUUGGUCUAAACACAACAGGUUCCGUUUAUCAAUCUGCUUCAGGAACAAUGCCUGAAUUUUCAGGAAGCCCGACUGAGAAAGCAAUUUUAUCUUGGGCAGUCUCUGAAUUGGGAAUGAGCACAGAAGAGUUAAAACAUGAUUUCUCCAUUUUACAUGUGGAAGCUUUUAACUCAGAGAAGAAAAGAAGUGGUGUUUUAAUAAAGAAGGCACAUGAGAAUACGACAACCCACGUACAUUGGAAAGGAGCUGCAGAGAUGAUUUUAGGUACAUGUUCAAAAUACUAUGACUCCAGCGGGGACAUGACGUCCAUGGACCAAGACAAAAUGAAAAGGUUUGAGCAAAUAAUUCAAGAUAUGGCUGCAGAUAGUCUCCGAUGCAUUGCUUUCGCUCAUAAAGUAAUCCCAGACGAAGAGUUAAAGUACAAGGAAGAUGGAAAGACUCUUCAGUCAUUAAAAGAUGAUAAUCUUACCUUGUUAGGAUUAGUUGGUAUUAAGGACCCGUGCCGACCAGGAGUGGAGGGAGCUGUAAGAGCAUGCCAAGAUGCUGGGGUGCACAUCAAAAUGAUCACUGGAGACAAUGUUUUCACAGCAAGAGCCAUUGCCAUAGAAUGCGGAAUACUCAAAGCCGAUCAGGCGUUAAAUAGUGGAGUUGUCGUUGAAGGUGUGGAGUUCAGGAACUAUACAGAGGACGAGAGAAUGGACAAGGUGGAAAAUAUACGUGUGAUGGCAAGGUCAUCACCUUUCGACAAGCUCUUGAUGGUACAAUGCCUGAAAAAGAAAGGACAUGUGGUUGCAGUGACUGGAGAUGGCACAAAUGACGCACCUGCCCUGAAGGAGGCUGAUAUUGGUCUUUCUAUGGGGAUUCAAGGCACAGAAGUGGCGAAGGAGAGUUCGGAUAUAGUCAUCCUGGAUGACAACUUCGCUUCUGUGGCUACAAUGGUGAGCUGGGGGAGAUGUGUUUAUAACAACAUUCAGAAAUUCAUCCAGUUUCAACUUACGGUGAAUGUCGCAGCUCUAGUUAUCAACUUCAUUGCAGCAAUUUCUGCAGGUAAAGUCCCACUAACAGCAGUUCAAUUGUUAUGGGUGAACCUAAUCAUGGAUACUUUGGGUGCUCUUGCUCUAGCUACUGAGAGACCAACCAAGGAGCUCAUGAAAGCAAAACCAAUUGGACGAACUGCGCCAUUGAUAAGCAAUGUCAUGUGGAGAAACCUUAUGGCUCAAGCUAUAUACCAAAUAUCAGUUCUCUUGAUCUUACAGUUUAAAGGCAAGUCUAUAUUUAAAGUAGACGAAAAGGUAAAGGACACUCUUAUCUUCAACUCUUUUGUUUUGUGUCAAAUAUUUAACGAAUUCAAUGCAAGGAAGCUAGAGAAGAGGAAUGUGUUUGAAGGAAUACUUAAGAACAGGUUAUUUCUUGGGAUUAUUGCGUUCACUCUAAUUCUUCAAGUCGUUAUGGUGGAAUUUCUCAAAAAGUUCGCAGACACUACGAACUUGAAUGUCGUGCAGUGGUUUACAUGUAUUGGAAUCGCAGCUGUAUCGUGGCCAAUUGGUUGGUUUGUCAAGUAUAUACCUGUACCCGAUACACCAAUUUUCAGUCUUCUACAGCGUAAAAGAAAAAAAGCAACAGCUGAGGACGAUGCCUGCUAAUAGUCUCCCUCUUAUACUCUUUCUAUCGAACUGUUGUAAUUAUUUGUAUGAGCUAUAUCGUGUAUACUACGUAUAUUCAUAUUCUUUUAUGAUUAAAAAAAGAUCAUAUUCUUUUGAUAA